AUGGGUCGCAGAAAGAUCGAGAUCAAGGCGAUCAAGGAUGAUCGCAACCGCUCAGUGACCUUUCUGAAACGGAAGGGUGGUCUGUUCAAGAAGGCACAUGAGCUUGCGGUCCUUUGUUCGGUAGAUGUCGCUGUCAUUAUCUUUGGUCACAACAAGAAGCUCUACGAAUUCUCGUCAUGUGAUAUGCGAGAGGCCCUCACUCGAUAUCAAUACUUUGGUCCUCCACAUGAACACAAAGGCCCCGAAGACUUUAACGGCAAACGUGACGAUGAUGAUGACGAAGAUGAGACGACGCCUGCCCCCGAAGAUGUGCAUCCUACGCCUCCGAACCCUCCCAUGAUUCCCGCCCACCUACCAGGUCAUCCCGGUUUCCAGCAUGUCACUCAUGCGCCGUCUGCUUCUCCGCCCAUCGGGAAUGGGAUGUUUGCUCCGCGCCACGGUACCCCUCAACCGCAGGGAGUUUCUCGGCCUUCGUCUCGGAAUCACCUUCGCCGAGUGAGCUCCAAUAUGGGGCCUCAGCAGCAUCAUCAUGCGACACCUCCGCCGCCUCCGCCGCCGCCGCAAAAUGGCUUCACGUACAUUCCUAACCCUUCGGUAUAUAAUCCCAACGCUGCUCACGCCAUGGCUCAACCUCCCCGCCCACCUCAGUUCACUCAUUACGGACCCCCGGGGCCGCAUCACCAACCGCCUCCGCCUCCACAGCAUCAUCAAGCUAUGCCUCCACAUUCCAUGCCCCCACAGCCUAUGCCUCCACACACAAUGGCACCGCAAGCCAUGCCGCCGCAUCAUCAAGCUCCUCCACACAUGCCACACCCGCCUCAUGCACUUGCACAGCAACCGCCUCCAAUGGCUAUGACCCAACCGCCCCAUGCCGCCAUCCCACAGGUCGCGCAAGCGUUUCUCCCAGACCAAGGACGAAAUUCUAUGCCUCCGGCAUUCACAACAGAUCAGCAGCCACCGCCACCCCGAACAGUAUCGCUCCCUGAGGGGGCCGCUCCGACAGAGGCAAUGCCGGGCCCCAUGAAGACGGAAGGAACUCCAUCCCCGCCGCAUCAGCGAUCUCUCUCCUCCAAAUCUCGCAGUAUCUUCACACCCAUUGACGAUCGAGGUUCCGUAUUGGCGCGCCAUUUCGGUGUAGGUCCUCCGACGGAGGCGGGAGAGAAUGCGCAAACAAGGGCCGAAGGACCAACACACGGACCGAAUGACGGGAAGCCUGCCGGGCUGACUGCAAAGCCUCCUCCUCCGCCUCCUCGAGCUGCCACGGAAGCCCCACGUGCACAGCCGGUAGUCGACCUGAAGCCGCCUGUGCGCACAAACAGCGGCCAGUUCCCGCCUAAACGCCCGCAGUUGAAGGUGCAGAUACCGAGUGAGAAUUCGGACCGGGGCAGCGCAACGGCGGACUCAUCGUCACGCGAUUCGGCGGGGAAUAAAACGCUCACGCCUGCCAAAGCAAAUCCAGACACCGGUCAUUCGAGCGUGGUAUUACCACCGCCCUCGCCGUCUGCAGGCGCAAUACUAAGUGCGGGGGCUCAAGGACCGCCAAAUCCUUUUGCCCGGCCUCCGCCUCCGGGAGCAGCAACACAGAACAACAGUGCAUACAACAAUAAUAGCAAUAUAGAUACGCCGAUCUCUGCUCUUCCUAGUCGGUUCGUCUCGGAUGCGCUUCUCCCGUCACCGUCCAGUUUCUUCCCGGAAUGGGGCUUUGGGCGGUCUGGACCAGACAGCAAUAUGCUGCCCAGUCCUCUAACGUUCCCUACGCCGGCGGUGCAAAGUGGCCCCGGGUUUGGGCGCGAAGAUGAGCAAGACAAAAAGCGCAAAAGCCCCGACAGUGGACCCAAUGCGGAAGGGGUAUUAAAGAAACCAAAGACGUAA